UUCCGUCUGGUUUGAGGUCCAGAGUUUCCUGCUGUAAUGUAGAGCUGCCGUCUGGCUGUUCUGUCCUUGGUGUUUACAUCCCUGUCGUCGUUUCAAUGGGGAAAAGAAAAGACAUGAUUCACCCCAGGUUUCUCGGUGAAGCCAGCUCUAGCCUGCACAGUGUACACAAGCGGAAACACAAGAAGCACAAGAAACAUAAGAGGAAGCACCACAGCUUCGCAGAGGUCCCAGAGCCUGAGCCCAUCGUGGCUCCUCGGCCUCCUCCACAGCUCCGACUCAAGAUCAAACUGGGAGGACAGACCCUGGGGACCAAGAGUGUUCCCACCUUCACUGUGCAUCCCGGUGUGGCCCGUCCUCCCUCUCCAUUGAUGAUCAUUGAUAAUGACGACGAUGAUGAUGAAGACGAUGACGAUGAUGAUGAGGACGAUGAUGAGCCCUCUGUGCCUCUGGAGCAAUAUCGGGCCUGGCUGGAUGAAGACAGCAACCUGGCCACGUCCCCUCUGCCAGACAUGGACUCAGACUCCAUGCUGUGUGGGCCUGUGGACGAGGAGGAAAGGUGGCUGGACGCUUUGGAGAAGGGAGAGCUCGACGACAAUGGAGAGCUGAAGAAAGAGGUUGAUGAGUCUCUGCUCACAGCCAGACAGAAAGCUCUAUUACACAAGCAGCAGAGCCAGCCUCUCCUGGAGCUCCCCAUGGGCUAUAAGGAGAAGGAGAUGACUGCAGAGAUGAUGCAGAAACGGGAGGAACGAGCUCGUAAGAGGCGCCUGCAGGCUGCCAAGAAAGCUGAAGAGAACAAGAACCAGACAAUAGAGAGACUGACGAAAACCAGCAAGGCCAAGAUCAAAAGCAUGAAGGAGAAGAAGUCCAAGCAGAACCAGUGCCCCAUGGUCCGGUACAGUGACUCCGCCCAGGGCAUGGCCAUCUCCUUCCCCACAGGGGUCCCUGCUCCGGCCCCAGCACCUCCCUGUCCUCCACUUCCGGCCCCGGUGAGCUGUGGGGUCAGCGGCUGCACCAACCUGAAGAAAUACUCCUGCUCAAAGACCGGAGUUCCUCUCUGCAGCCUGGAGUGUUACAAGAGGAACCUGCUGCUUGUUCAGAGCGCAGCCUGAACUUUAAAAGGACAAGUAUCUUUUAAAAUGGACUUGGUUAUAGUUCUGCUUGUACUACACCGGGGUGGGAUGAGGUGCCCACAGACUGCAUGGUCAUAAAUUUAGAUUAAAUUUCCGUUACAUGGACACUGGCUACGCAGAUGCAGAAGGUAUAAUUUGAACUGUACACCACAUAAAUCUUCUCAGUGUGGAUUUACUUUUUCUAGUCUUGCCUUUUUUUGUUUGUAGAUGUGUUAUAUUAAGAAUAAUGGCUUUCCCAGCAGUGAUGCUGGUUACACACUUCAAUAAUGUUAUAAAAAUCUGUGUACAAACAUUCAGUAUUUAUGAUUUCCAUUUGUGGAGUGUCCAGACGACUUAAAAUCCAUAUUUUUGUACAAGUUUUGAGACACAACUUUGUUGUUUCUACUGGCUUGGACUUUUUGAUUUUGAUAAUAAUGUGAAAAUUAUGCUUAAAGACUGACAAGGUUCGUCUACGACAGAUUAGUUUGAAAGAAAGAAAGAGAAACUGUAUCGUUUUUUAAUCUAACACUGUUCAUUUUGGUAGCAAAUGUGUCAAUUUCCAUACAAAACUGUACAAACGUACUUAAAUUAAUAAAUGAAAAUCCUUCCCAACACUGCA